AAACGAUAUUAAUUAUUUCAUCGCUGUUUCUCAAUCUGUGUUUAUCGUGGAACGUCCUGUGUUCAAAUUUCACAUGGUUCUGCGAACAAUAGGUACAGCGGUGGGAUACCGACGAAUCGCAGGCUGCUAGAAAGAUAUCCCUAGGAAUCGAAAGAUCAGUCGGUGCAAGUGGCAAUAUCGGUUGUGUUUACCCCCUCCUGUGCGUUCGUUGCUCUAUGCCCCGUUUGGCGUAUUCCACUGUCGAGUUGUGUGAAGUAACGAAGCGGUUUCGGCGAAUGUGUCGCACCGUGUACGCGUUCCGUUGUGUUUCUGAAUGAGUUUAUCGUCGGUCGAGUGCGUGAGAACGACACAGUGCACCGUGCUCGUUAACGUUUCAGUGGCUAGUGCGACGAUGUCGAACAGUGAGCGAUGACACGCCCGUGAAAAACGAUAACGACGGCGAUCCUUUGAUUGACCAGAAACGACGGACAAAACGCAGUAACGCGAAAGGGACCCCUCUUCGUGCAUUCGUGUGACAUCAACAUCGAAUGAAACAUGCUUCAACCACGAGCUCCGUGCAUCCGGCGGUAAAGAAGAAAAAAGGAAUGGCUAGUUUGAUGGUAACCACAUCGAGUAAGAAUAGUUCACGCAGUACAUCACCCAACAGAGGAAAUACAUUGACCUCCCCUCAACAGUUGUCAGCUACUUUGGAUCAUCCACCAAAAGCACGUAAUGCUUCACUAUCCCAAACAGGGGAGGGCAGUACAGGCAGUGGAAGUAGUGGUGGUGGAGGUAGUAUCACCAUGAAAGGUAGUAGGCAAAAAUCACCAGGGACUGUGAUUCGAAUAGGAGAUGCUAUGGAUGAAUCAAAUACCAAUUUAAUCACUGCCGAACCAGAUGAGUUUGUGCCAAAUAUUCACCCGCCAACUGAUGAUGAAGGAGAACAGUAUCAUGCAACACAAUCGUUCCUAUCAAAUGGCUCCUCCGAAUUAAUAACUGACGAUGUUGAUGCUAGUUCCGCUCGUGUUUGUCAAGCUAUUGAGCACAUCCAAAAUAAAAUUGCUAAAACACGAGAGCUGAUAAGAAUAGAACAAACCACACGUGAUGAAAAUGUCAAUGAAUAUUUAAAAUUAGCUGCCAAUGCUGAUAAGCAGCAGCUUAACCGAAUCAAGGCAGUAUUUGAAAAAAAGAAUCAAAAAUCAGCGCACAGUAUUUCUCAACUCCAAAAGAAAUUGGAUAGUUAUACGAAAAAAUUAAAAAAUUACGAAUUAAAUGGAGCACCUGCAAGUCAUAGACAACCUAGGGAAGUGCUUCGUGAUAUGGGACAAGGGCUUAAAAAUGUGGGUGGCAAUAUUAGGGAUGGAAUCACUGGUUUUUCAGGGAGUGUUAUGUCGAAACCAAGGGAAUUCGCACACUUAAUAAAGAACAAAUUUGGCAGUGCUGACAAUAUAAAUACACUAUCACUUGAAAGUAAUGGCUCGACUUUUUAUGUAAACGAUACACCGCGUGCAGGUAAUGGGGAUAACGCUAGUGUUGAAGAUGAAAAAGCACACCAUGGCUCGGCCACGCUUCCCGGUGGAUGUAGUUUGGGAUCAACUCACAGCGCGACAGCAAUGAAAUUUCCAUCCGAAGAAGGUUCAGAGUGCUCUAGUGUCACGAGUGAAAGCGGACCUGGUAGUAGAGGACAAGCACACGCGUGUCACAGUAAUAACGCUGCGCUUAGUCUGAAAUCUAUAUUCUCGGAAUUACAAGAACACAGAGAAAAUCUGGAUAGGAUGAGGGAAAAAUUAGAAAGCUUGAAGACGUUACAACAAGAGGUGUCAUUUCUAUCCCAUUCAUUACAAGAAGAACGUUUCCGAAGCGAACGUCUAGAAGAACAAAUCAACGAUCUAACUGAAUUGCAUCAGAACGAAGUAGAAAAUUUGAAACAAACCAUAACGGAUAUGGAAGAAAAAGUGCAAUACCAAAGCGAGGACCGGUUAAGGGACAUACACGAAAUGUUGGAGAGUUGUCAAACGAAAAUUUGUAAAAUGGAACACCAGCAGCAACAGCACCAACAGUAUGUCACCCUGGAGGGCUUAGAUAAUAGCAAUGCGAGGGCGUUGGUUGUAAAACUCAUAAAUGUAGUGUUAACAGUGUUGCAAGUUAUUCUACUUCUUGUUGCAACGGGUGCUGGUAUAAUGAUGCCUUUUCUAAGGACCAGCUGUACUAAGCCUCAUUGUUUCAUGUGCAGGGUGCGCAUAUUAACGACAACGCUUGUUGUAUUGGGCAUUGUGUUCGUGCUCAAACAAUGGCCUGAGGUACACGACGUUGGCAGUCACCUCAUGCGCCAUCUUAAACAGACGCUCGCCGUUAAGUAGCAUCGGUGGUAUACUUAAAUUUACUAUACCCUGUGAUGAAGAAAAGUUGUACACAAUGAUCAACAUUUUGGAUCCGUUUAUCAGUGCUGUAGUUUUGGAGCAAUAAUAGUAGGUAUAUGCG